UCAUAUAUAAUAUAAAUCCUGGAAUUAUGCGGAAAAAAUGGGUAACAUAUGGUAAUGGUGCAAUUUUGGUCACACCUUUGGCUCUCAGUUCGUUGGACUCUUUGAAUAAUUCAGUAACAGUCUUAAAACAAGAAGAGUUGAAUAGCUCUAUGAGUCACUUCUUCAAACACAACAAACAAGAAGCUAGAUAUAUCAAAAUUAAGGAGAAAAUCGAGCACGAUUCUGUACCCAAUUCUUACUAAUUAGAUCUUGUACUCAUUUAUCUUUUAGGAGAAUUGAUCAAAAUGUCCAAUCCAGUGGAGGAAAUUGUUGGUGAAUCUACAAUGGAGAAUAAGCAAAAAGCCUUAAAUCACAAUGAUUUUUCUUCAUCAUCAACAACAGAUGAUUCUAGACGUCCAAUCGAUAAGAAGAAGUGUCAUCUCUUCAAUCGUCACAAACCUGUCCACUCUAUUUUAGGUGGUGGCAAAUUGGCUGAUAUUCUACUAUGGAGGAAGAAGAUUUCAGGAGGACUGCUUGCUGGUGCCACAGUCAUAUGGUUUCUCUUUGAAUGUAUUGGUUAUCACUUGCUCACUCUUAUUUGCCAUUCUCUCAUAGUCUCAUUGGCCAUCUUGUUCUUUUGGUCCAAUCUCUCCCUCUUUAUCAACAAGAGCUUUGUAGAGUUACCAAAGAUUGAAUUGCCAGAAGAGUUGUGGAUGCGAUUGGUCCUCUUACUGAGGAAUCAAUGCACCAGUGCAGUUGGUAUCUUUCGGGAAGUAGCAUCCGGAAAUGAUUUGAAGAAGUUUCUAUAUGCAAUUUUUAGCUUGUGGAUUGUUUCCAUUGUUGGCAGAUGGUUCAGUUUUCUGACCCUUGUAUACCUCAUAACUGUCAUGCUGUUGACGGUACCAUUUCUCUAUGAAAAGUAUGGAGAUCAAGUAGAUACCUAUGGAGAAAUGGCUAUAAAAGAACUCAGGAAACAGUAUAGUCAAGUGGAUGAGAAAGUUCUUCAAAAACUACCAAUUCCUUUCAUUAAAGACAGUAAGCAGGAAUGAUGCAACUCGUCUCUCAGACAGAUAUUGCUUCACUUCAACAGUAGAUGCAGUCUUCUACUUAUUUUUGUUUCAUAAGCUGUACUAAACUUUACAACACUCGGUUUCAUCCUGCAAUAUUGGCUAAUUUAUCCAAUCUUGCUGAGACGGGUUGCUUUAGUAGUUGUCCCCCAUCCUAAUCUCCGUUCAUGCAUUUAUUGGUUGAUGUAGAAAAAUUGUUACACUAUCAUGUUCUGGCAAUUUCCAUCAAAAUAACCAUAUUUGAUAUAACAUGGAGUGGUCAAAAACUAAAUGCUUGAAACAGAUCAAAGGUGACCAACCAAAUAAACAGAGUAGUAUUGCAAAUUAAAAUUGAACCACAUACAGGAAUUUGGGAUGGAAUAAUGGUGAACCAAAAAAA